AUGGCUGCCCUACUGAAACAACCCUUGAAGCUGGCCUUGGUGCAACUAGCAUCAGGUGCGGACAAGGCCGCUAAUCUCGCUCAUGCCCGAACCAAGGUCCUAGAGGCUGCAAAAGCAGGGGCAAAGCUCAUCGUUCUUCCCGAAUGCUUCAACUCGCCAUACGGCACGCAGUACUUCCCGAAAUACGCCGAGACACUCCUCCCUUCACCUCCCACCGAAGAACAAUCCCCCUCAUACCAUGCGCUGUCGGCCAUCGCUGCCGAAGCCAAGGCUUACCUGGUCGGAGGAAGUAUACCUGAACUGGACACGUCGACAAAGAAAUACUACAACACCUCCAUGGUCUUCUCGCCAACCGGGUCUCUCAUCGGCACACACCGCAAGACACAUCUCUUCGACAUCGACAUCCCUGGCAAGAUUACGUUCAAGGAGAGCGAGGUUCUGUCGCCGGGAAACCAGCUGACUGUUGUUGAUCUUCCCGAGUACGGCAAGAUCGGUCUCGCCAUCUGCUACGAUAUCCGCUUCCCGGAGUCGGCCAUGAUCGCGGCGCGCAAGGGGGCCUUUGCACUCAUCUACCCCGGUGCCUUCAAUAUGACUACCGGGCCCCUCCACUGGGCGCUUCUGGGUCGCGCUCGCUCGGUUGACAACCAGAUCUAUGUGGCCUUGUGUAGCCCAGCUCGGGACACGAACGCAUCUUACCAUGCAUGGGGCCACAGUCUGAUUGUCAACCCCAACGCGGAGAUUUUGACCGAGGCCGAAGACACAGAAACGAUCGUCUACGCGGACCUGGAUAAUGAUUCUAUCCAAAACACCCGGAAGAGCAUUCCAGUCUACGCCCAACGACGUUUUGACCUCUACUCGGAUGUGAGCGCAGAGAAAUGA